AUGGCGUACAGCAUACUCGGAGACUUCAAGUUUCUGGAGAAGGCCACUUUCGACUGGUCGGGUGACCCACGCGAGCACCUCUUGAGCUACCAGGCAAAAAUGCAAGUUCUAGGGGUCAAGGACCCAGUCAUGUGCCGUGCCUUCUUGCCGACACUGAAGGGAUUGGCCCAGAGAUGGGUUGUGGCCUUACCCACAGGCUCGAUCCACAGCUUCGAGGAGUUGGCCGACCGCUUUAUGAGUCACUACGCCGCCAACAUAAAACCUCAGAAGGACCUAACGCAUCUGGGGGAUAUCUAUCAAGAUGAGGGUGAAUCCCUCAAAGCGUACCGAGCUCGGUGGCAAAAGGAAAUCCAAUCUAUCGAGGAGGUGGAAGACCAAACUGCUCUUACCUUCUUUAUCGAGUCGCUUCGAUCCGGACAACUAUAUCGAGAUCUGCGGGACAAUCGGCCGGCUACCUACGCGGAGGCCAUUCACAUGGCCAACAAGCGAACCAACACUGAGCAAGCAAUGAAAUACAAAAGACAACGCGAGGUCGGAGGAGCCUCCAGCGGGAAGCGAACUAGAGCAGAAGUAAAAGAAAGACGCCCCGACCCGUCCAGGCUACAGGAGGUUCGACGCGUGUAUGAUAGAGCCAGCGCUCAGCCUUAUCGGCCGACUCCCCAACAUCCGGUGCACGAAGUACAGGCGGUUGCGCCGCCCCCGCCCGGUGAGCACACGGCAAAUAUAGAUCCAGAUAAGAUAUCCAAGUAUUGUCGAUAUCACAAAUCGUACACCCACAAUACGGAAGAGUGCUAUUACCUGAAAAAGAUCAUGGAGGGGAUCAUUCAGCAUGGGACGCCGCCUCCUAACCAAUGGCGGAGAAGAUCUACGUCUCAGGCCAAGGAAGACGGCGACCCUUCAGAGACGACCGAGGUAAACCACGACAAGAAACCGGUAUCCGAGGAAGGUGAGGCUCAAUGGAGAAAAAAACCGGUUAUCAACAUGAUAGUCGGUGGGCCUGAAGGGGGCGACUCCGCUAAUACUAGAAAAGCCUGGGCCCGACAGUUGUACGUAGGGACAGUAUACGAGCGUGAGAGCGGCUCGAAGAAAGCGUGA